AAUAAAUCAAUGGGCUCGGAGCAGAGGCUGCAUUUAGUGAGGAGCAGCCCUGACGGUUCCUGUCUGCACCUUGGGCUGUCAGUCUCCCGUGCAUCCUGGUGCCAUUCCAGGCACCGGCUUCGGACCGGCUGCACUCGAGGCUGGGCCGGCUCCUCGGGCAGCAAGAUUUCCCUCUCAAGAGCAGUACAGCCGUACCAAGAUUUUACUGGCAGAUGGACGGAAAAGCUCCCCGGCUCUGACUGUCAGCUUGGGCCCAUCCCUCCAGCUCCUCGUGUCAGUGCCCUCACGGCCUUGAGCUACAAGAGGAAAAGCAAAGAAAAACAGGGAGCCUGUAACUCUCAGAGCCCAAAAACAGAAGGAAGAGGUUGGACCCAUCGACUGAAAAUCAAACAGUUCUGAAUUUCAAAGCAGGUCUAAGCUUGCUCUUCAUUUUCAGGUAAUCCUUACAACAACAAAGGGUAAGGAGAAAACCUGAACCCAGGGCUGGAGAAGCUGUAAAAGGUGAGGGUGGGAAUGGUUUGAGCACCUCUGGUCCCAGCAGCCCCUGGUACUGUGGGGCAGGUACAGGUAUCAGACACCCACUUUAAUCCCGUGUCUCUGGACAGGUUUUGGCAGAAGGGCCUUUCCCCAGUGCCCUGCAAUGACUCUGUCCACUGGGAAAGUUUUCAUGCUUAACCUGGGCUAAAAACCAAUCUCCUUUUCCCCUUCAUCCAGCUUCUGGAGAAGGAAGGAAGGAAAAGCUGCAAAGCAAGGAAGGGAGGUCACCACACAGUGAAGUGACCUUCACAGCAGAGCAUACAGCCUCCCAUCUCAGCACAUCCCCCCUUUAAACCUCCCCUGUUUUCAAUGCAGCAGGUGAUCCCCCAGGCAGAUGAGCCAUGUCUGACAAGAAAGACUCCAAGCCCUGCCAUCACUGCCAGAGCAGAUCAGCAUCACUCCCAGCAGACACCACCACGAUCCACUAUGAGAAGUUCUGGCUGUACCGUCACUGCUCCUCAGUGGAGCAGAGCCACCGGCAAGCUCAGAAGGCUGGGCAGCUCUUCUCAGGGCUGCUGGCCAUGAACGUGGUGUUUCUGGGCAGCGCCUUCAUCAGCAGCAUGAUCUUCAACAGGGUGGCCAUCACUCUGGCAGAUGUCUGGAUCCUGCUCUCCGUCCUCAAGGUCUUGUGCGUGUUCUGGGUUAUUUACUACCUGAUGGGCACCAGCCGGAAGCCACAUGCCAUACUCUACAGGGACUCCCACGCCGGACCCAUCUGGGUUAGGGGGUCAGUGCUGCUGUUUGGCAGUUGCAGCAUCCUCCUGAAUGUGUUUGAGAUUGGCUACAGCACAAUCCUUGUCCGCUGCAAAUCCAAUGUGGAAAUUAUGUUCCCUGUCAUUGCAAUCCUUUUUAUUGGCACUCAGAUUUACUUUCUGUGGCAUCACUCUAAGGACUGCAUUCAAGUCCAGCACAACUUCACCAGGUGUGGGCUGAUGGUCGCCGUAGCCACCAACCUUCUGGAAUGGCUCCUGUCGGUGACCAACGACUCCCUGCACAUGGAGAUGGAGUCUCAGCUGCGCGAGGUGGAGCAGCGAUUCAUAGCUCCAGGCAAUGAGACUGCCAUGUGCGUAUGCCCAAACACGACCAUCUGCAGAGUCUUCCAGGAGGGCUACAUCCUGCUCUACCCCUUCAACACCGAGUACAGCCUGGUCUGCUCCUCCAUGCUCUACGUCAUGUGGAAGAACGUGGGGAGAACCAUCAGCCACCACCACAGCCUGGAAAAGAGGCCCAAAUUCAAGCUCAAGGGAGUGCUCUUUGGGCCAGUGCUGGGCACCAGUGCUGUAAUCAUCGGGGCUUGUGUUUUCAUGAUGUACCAGAUCCAGGCCGCCACCUUGGACCCCAGCCGCCAGGUCCUUGUGAUCUAUUUUACCUACUACAUUGUGCUCCUGCCCCUGAUGAGUGUGUGUGCCGUGGUUGGGACACUCAUCCAUGCCUUGGAAAAAAAGGAGCUGGACACGGUGCAAAACCCAACCCGCAGCCUGGACGCGGUCCUGCUGAUGGGCGCAGCCCUUGGCCAAAUCGGCAUGUCCUACUUCUCCAUUGUGGCCCUGAUAGCCAGCAACCGCAGAGACCUGCUGAACAGGCUUGCCCUGGCCUACUCUGUCCUCAUUAUCAUUCAGAACAUCACCCAGAAUGUUUUUGUCAUCGAUGGGCUCCACCGGCGGCACGUUGUAGCAGCAGAUGAGGCCAAGCAUGCCAGACGCUGCGAGCAGCACACGGUGGCUGCAGAGCUGCCUGGGGAGGAGGAGAGCACGCAGGACAGCGUACAGGAGCACAGCCAGACACCUCCUGCCAAGGAGGAAAAGGAGGAAGACAGUAAAGAAGUGCAGAAUUGUGAAGCCUGCCGCCAGAGACGAAUGAGCGUGCUGGAGCUGGGACAGGAGAUCCGGAAAGUUUCCCUGUCCUACAUCCAUACCUACUCUCACCUGACCUGGAAGAGAAGAGUAUUGAGGGAGAUCUCGUUCUUCUUAGUUCUGAGCAACAUCAUACUGUGGAUCAUGCCCACAUUUGGGUCUCACCCCCUCUUCGAGAAUGGAAUGGAAAGGUCAUUUUAUGGCUACUCCACCUGGUUUGUGAUCGUGAACUUCGGCCUCCCCUUGUCUGUGUUUUACCGCAUGCACUCCAUUGGGGGGCUCCUGGAGGUCUACGUGACAGCCUGAGCCAAGCUGGACCCCCAGGCCAGCCCCUGGGGGAAUCAGUGAUGCUGAACAAAGAUGCAGUAAGCAGUAGAUAUGCACAUGGAAGCUUCUAAGAUGUUUUCCCUCCAGUUUCUGCUUGGACUUCUUGUACAACAUCACAGUGACUUUCAGAAGAGGUUCUUUAAUGUUGUCCUUUUCCACCAUAGAGAAUAGACUCAAAGCCCAUAAACAAACUCUCACUGCUCUCAGGAAUCACACAUGCACUCAGCAGUCUGCCAGUGGAUGCUGUUUGGCAGCAAAUGGGACUUUACCAACUCUUACUGAGAUCACCCAGAUAAAAGAAUGCAAGGGCAGCCUUCAGCAAAAGCAAUGAAGACUGGCCUACACCAAUUCAGAACAUCAAAAGCAAUCAAAAAAUAAAAGCUAUUACAUGACCUUGCCUUACUGAGAAUAAACACUUCUUCCUACAGGCACUCCCAGAGCCUCAGGUGGGAAUCACUAGGGAAGCACUGUGGGUGAUCCUUACACACCACGGAUGAUGUUAUCACUGGUGUGGACUAGCCAGGGUCCCAUCCUUGUACAAGGGCUAGUUCAAGAGCAAGCCACUGCCACAUCCACUGUGAAUCUUUCCCCAUCCCAACACGUUGGCCCUUGCUGCUGCCUUGCACACCCACAAACCUUUCUUGAGGUCACCAUGCACAAAGGAAGGCAGCUGCAGAGGUGCCUGAUCAAAGACCCAUUGGGAUGUGUUCCAUAGGGAUGCUUGCUUUGAAAGCGUGUGCGAGAGCAAGGGGCUUGUGACUAUGGGUCCAAAUCCAGAGCUGAUGAACUAAAAUAAAGAGAUUGAGUUUC